AUGGAGUUGGGGUUUUUGAAUCGCCCACCACCACCAAACUCCAACGAUUCUAGAGAGGAAGAGAUGGUGACGACGCCAAGAGCACAAACUCCGACUCGGAGCUCGCCUGGGUAUAACGAAGCUGACGUGUAUUUGAUAGCCAAUCCUCGACCUCAGUUGGGUUCUAUGCUUGGUGGUACUGGAGCACCACAGCAGGAUCAUUUACUGACUGUCAAUGAUAUGGAUCUUGAUGAGUUGGACUUGUUACCGGAUCUUGGCGAAGCGCAAAUGCACGCUGCACUCGCGGAAAGCUCACAAAAAAUAAAACGAGACUUGGACUGGUGGAGGGAGUCAGAGGUAUAA